GACCGAUUAUUGGAGGAGAGGUCCAAAAAAAACAUUCUUCAAGCAGACCUGCAGAAAUUCCAGAAUUAUCGGGCCAGUUUGGAGACCUUCAGAGCCUCCCUGGAAAGUAAAAAUAAGGCUUUGUGUGAUGAGCUUGCAGGGACAGGACUGCGUUUGGAGGCAGUGAAACAGGAAAAUGAGCGACUGCAGCACAUAGUUGAAAAUCAGAAACUUUCUCCAGCUGAUAUCGAGAGGAUAAAUCAUGAAAGGCGGGAGCUGCAGCAGACGAUUUCAAACCUGACCAAGAGUUUGGAGGAAGCUGAAGGUCAUAAAUGGAAGGAGGAAAUUAACCUUGCGAAAGCUAAGGAGUCUAUGGAAAGUGUGCUGGCCGAUUACCACAAUUUGGCCAGGAAGCUUAAACUGAUCCCGUCAUCAGCCGAGAAUGCUUGUGGACAAGACUUUGAAAUUAAAUUCACCCCCGAGUGCGCAUUCUCCCAGAUGAACAACUACAAAGCUCAGAUCGAAGUAAGUCUGUUUAUUAUGACAAUUGACUGAUGUUGGUUAUUGAGU